UAAUAUCAGCUAUGGUUGAUCGACAUCAUCACUGUUACGUUUGUUUGCAAGGAUUGAUCGAAAUUAAUUAUUUUCUGUUACUUAUAACUUAGUUGCCUUGGAGGAAAUAGCCGACUUCUUUUCACUAUACUACCUUGGUCACAUUUUGCUCCUAAAUAAGGUAAGCUUUUCACACCUUGCAUUUAUAUUCAUUUUAUGUCGCUUGGGGAGCCUCUCCCCGCUUCAAUAUGUAACUCAGCUGGUGGUCAGAAAUACGCCUUGCGAUGGAGGCUAUUAUAAUAUACUUUUAAGACUUAAAGGUUAGACUUCCAACAAAUGCUAAGCUACAAUUGUUCAAGAAAGCCUUUACCACACCUUGACAUGACUGCCAGUUCUUGCGGCGCAUUUCUAACGGAUCUAGUAUCGCCAACAAGUUAGAAAGAUUAAAGGAAAGAGCUGGCUUUUUGUUUAAAGGCGGUUUAUAAAGAAAAACGUGCAAGGAGCCGCUACUUUAGCAACUGCAGUGAGAGCAAAGUUGACCUCGUUAUGGCGCUUAUAGGGCAUAAAAUUAUGCAUACUUUUAAAAUACAACUUGAAACACAAUUUAAGCCCUACGAAUAUUCGUGAUAACUUUAGGAACAUAACAUCCAAAUACAAUACGGAAAACACAUUCGUCAGGUUCCUUAGGCCCCCAAAAGGCGGAAAGGGAUCUGCUAAUUCGCUGGUAGUAUUUAAAAAUUAGAACUAAAUACGCCGUAAGCGUCAUAUAAAUAUCUUUUUUCUUCUUUGACUUCUGCUAACAAUCUUAAUCUCCCUACUCUUCUCACUCUUUUCUACUUUUCUACUCUUCUCUACUUACUAGUUCAAGUAUAGUAGCGGUUUUUAUAGCCAAAGCUGGACAUGUUUGGGUUAGCUGAUCGGGAGAGUUUCUGUUGUAUAUCUUAUCGCUAACAUUGCAACAGGUUUUCCAUUGUUAGAGAGUAGAUUAGCCUACGCACAGUCGCAACUGACAAGUACCAAAGAACCAAGGUCAGCUCUCUAACACCAAAAUCACGACUGCACCUGUAAAAAGCUAUCAUCUGACAAUGCCAAGCGAAUAAUAUUCCUAAUAUGGCAAUAAGUAAAUUGUAAGUAAAAACAAAAGAUCAAAACAGGAAAACAGUACGUGGGCAAAAACAAGACUAAAUGAAACAAAAACUAAACUUAAAAGACAAGAUAGAUCCGUCUUAAAAAUAACUUUCAAAAUACUUCAAAACUGACAAUACUUUAAGACGAAGGCUGCUGUGAGGGGCUGUGUCCUUUUUGAAUAACUUCUAAUCAAAGUUUUCCAACUAUCAGGGGCACCCAGCGACUUUUUUCUGUAAAAUGACUCUUCGAAUGAGCAAAUGUUGCUUAGAAAUUUCUAAAGCUUAAGAAAAGCUAAAAAUUUCUGUAUAACCGUUCCAUUCGUCUCAAAUAUUCGGAGGUUUUCUAAUAGCUUAACUACGAUUUUCGAAGGUUGUGUAAGUCACAUUUUAAUACCAAGAUAUUGCGAUUAUUGUUAAAAAAGGUCUCCUCAAACUUUCGGUAUAAAGACAAAACGUCCCCUAAAAUUUUCUUAUGACAGCAAGGUUACUUCAUGUUCUCGAACUUUCGACCGGACCCAUAAGGGUAGCUAACACUUUCGAAUGAGACGAAACUAGAGCCACCUAAAACCUUUCGAGACGAACAGAGUUCCCCUAAGACAUCCGAACAGAUAAAUGGUUUUUAGGGCAACUCCAAAUUGACCAAACGGGUAUAGAGAAAACCAUCUGACACACUUCUGGCGUACGUGGAAACAUUUGGUCGUUGGGCCCCCCUGAAUUAUUUCUUGAGCAUAGAUUAAAUUAGUUAACUUUGUAUAACCGAACUGUGCAAAGUACAGUUUUCUAGUUUUUUGAAUAGUUGAUUUUUUUAUUUGUAUUUUACUGUAUGUGACUGCGCGAUGCGGUAGUUCUGUCAGCCCACAAUUGACCUGCUCAUCAUUAAGUUCUCAGUAGCUCAGUGGUUAAAGUACUAGUGUACGGAAGGUCGUGGGUUCAAUUAUUUCCCAUCUGGAACUCAGAAAUUUUUUUCUUUGUUCUUCUCUCUACACAUAUCAUUUCCUUUCUUAUUAUUUUAUUGUGUCCCCAAAAAAGUGUGGGUCUUGUUUUCCUGUUUCGGUAGUUUCUCGGUAACGCCAGAUACACCCUGCCAGCACAGCCUCCUAGCUUUUGUCUUCUUCUUGAUUGAGGGUAAGAUAAAAAAUUAAGGAGGUUCUGCAUGAAUCGUGUCAAGCCUAUGAAGUCGCCGCAGCCCGAACUUCUGGACUGGUCAGUCCUGUUUUUCUCUCGUCAAACUGGUUUUUCAAGUGCGCCAGCAUUCGUUAAUUGUUAAACUGAUGCUUGUAACUGAGCCCUUUGUACCAAGCACAAUGACCUGGGUUCGAAACUGUAUCCUAGCAAAAUGUAGCGCAUGCUCAAUAAAGAUCUUACUGGAUUCAUUUCUCGAAAACGCCAUAAUCGAGCAAGCGAAAGCUAAGGAAGGCUCUAACAGUUUGGCAAUAGAAAAGACUAAACGUAAUGACAGGAAAACCCUUAACAGGAACUAAUUUCCUCUGCUGGAAGGGUGCGUCAGGUGAUAUCCAUUCCGUGCGAAACGCUCACUGGCUCUUGCUAAGAACCAAGAGACAAAACUUAGCAAAUGCUCAGGACAAAUUUUCUUUCUUUUUUCCUCGUCUUUUCAUUUCUUUUCCUGUUUUGUUUUUGAAUUUUUUUUUUGCCUUUUAAGUGUUACGUCAUGGUUCGCUAAAUCAUGUUACUGCUGCCGCCGGGCGAUCCUGACGAUCCUUAUAGAGCGUAGCAGCCACCUAUUUACAAUGGAGGGUCAGGCAGGGGGAUAGAAAUUUCAGACGAGCACAAGCUUGAUUAUCGGACAUAAACAGCAUAAAAUAUAUAAUUACGGAAAGCGCCGACAAAUUUCCUGAAUACAGAGGAUACAGCCGAUCGCUUCAUUUCGCCUUGAUGAAUACUUUCAUACUUGCAAUAGCUGUUAUUCCUACACAAUAUUCUACAUAUAUUUUGUUUUUGUUCUUUGGCAAACUGUUAAUGCAAGUUACUUUGCUGCAUAUCGAUACAUAUAAAUUUAUUUGCACUUCUUAAUUGUCAGCCAUCUCUUCUAGUUCCAAAGCCAGCAAUCAUGCACUUCUACCUUAAAAUUUAGAGUUACAAGGACAUUUUCGAAACCGUAUAUUUUUGUUUACCCGGAUUCGUGUGCACGUAGUCCGGCUACACAGCCGUUAUUAGUGUCGUCACACAACGCUCCUCGUGGGAAGGAGCGUUGCGUGACAAUAAAAACCACUAGUGUUGCAGAUUACAGUGUGGACGUGAGCGAUUUCAAAAAUAUCCGGAUUCGUGUGGACAGGGCCUGAUACGCCAGGGUUAUGAAUAUAGCCAGUGGACACUCGAGAAGUUACAUCGCAAAGAGUGACAGAGACAAGAAGAAAGGUAUAAAAACAAAAACUUCAAAAACAUGUUUUCCAGAUGGCUUGCGCAUUUGUGUUAAGUCCUAAAAUUGUGCAUAAUCCAUCUAAUUACUGGUUUGUCUUUGAGUUUCAUUUGUUUGGUUUCACUCUGUUUACUCAAACCAAUUAAACUAAAUCGGUGUUUACUUUUCAGUCAGACGGGGUUUGUCUGUCACACGCCAUGACUCCGUUGCGUUAAAGAAAGAUAGUCUCAUCAAUCCAUGAGAUAAAUUGCUUCACUAAAUUCUUUUAUGUAAGAUGAGUUAGAGCUCAGCAAAUUGAACCGUGUUUGUUUAUGCCAUUCUGUGUCGACACUUAAGAGUCACGGACGGCCGCCUUUGACAGGUUAUUUAAGCUCUUUCGCUACAGGUCGUUUUAUAAAUAACCAAUAGCUUACUACAUAAAUACGAUAUUGUGUAACCAAACGAUAAACAACUCACUUGUUUCCCAAUGAAAAUUCUUCUCUUCUAGUUCACUUUACAUAUCAUGUUCCGUCGUUCAUCGUAGUUAUGAGACGAAGAGGAAGUUUCAAGGCACAGUUAGGAUUCGGGGUUUUCGUUGCCCUGCUUUUUGCCUUUUACACUUGGAAAACUCAUGAUCUGACCCAGGAUGUCUCAAGAAAAUCUUCCUCACUUUCAGAAAAACUUUCAGGUAUGUUUAUCUUUUGAAUUAAGAAACUGUGAAAAUACUAAAUACAAAACAAAUUUAUUGCGUUCUUACAUACAACAGUAAACCGCAACACGUUAUUCCUCGUUAGCUUUUCAAGUCCAUCUUUGGGCAAAACGUUCCAGUGUUUUUGGAUGCUGGUAUGUAAAAUUAUGCCUGCCACCUUAAGGAAAAAAAAAAUCAUUUUGGACCUGACACCAAAUAAGUGGGAUAAAGUGACAUUUUCAAAAAAAAUGAAUAAAGUUUUGUGGAGGAAAUAUAACUUGGGGUCCAGGCGGGGGCGGGAACGAAUUACCUGUAUAACCUGCCUGGUCAUAAACUAACUUCUCCUUCUUGUCAUAAGUUUCCAAAGCAACUAAUCUCCAAACGGUUCUAGCAUUAGCAGGAGAACCUUUUAUUCCCAAAAAAUCAAAAAAUCACUUGACAGAUGAAAUUAAUCUUUUGAUUCAUGUUCAAACAUUUUAAGGUUACUGUCCUUAUUGCUAAAAUUACUAAAGAGAAACGUCGUUCUCCAGUUUGAUUAAGAGAAUUGUCAUUAUUUUUUAGUCAUGUUUAUCUCAGUCAGAGUACUUUAGCUAAAAUUUAAAUGGAUAAAAAGAUCAUAAUUUUGAAAAUUAAAGCAAAGAAAACUAAUUUAUUUUCGAGCAACUGUUGCACCUGAACGUGUAAGUAACCUGCUGAUUGCCUGGUUUUAAAAGUGCCGCCGCAACAGUCCAAUCUACUUAUCAAUUUCCGGGUAUAAGAGGUAAAGGUAAACCGUAGAUGCGUUAAAUCUCAGUUGCACGCAUAAUUUCAUAAUUAGGAGAAAGAUGUCUUUUGGUCAAAGACAAGGGUGCGUCGUAAGAAAACAUCCGAGUUCUACCAAUAGGAGAACGAACCUAGUAUAUACUGCUAGUUAUUAGCCCAGAUGCUCUACCACUGAGCCACAGGAGACUCGUGAGAGCUAUUAAGAUCUAUUAAAGGCUACUUUAUUAUAUAUUGUACUCAAUAGCUGUUUUCUCAUCGGUUAGACCCUACAGCUAAUUUUGGAAAUCAGCGCCACCCAUAGAUUAGUUAGUUAUCUGCUCAGCAGAUAACUUACUAAUCUGUAGGUUACGCGCGCAAUGCAUGAUUUUAUAGCAAUAUCAAUUCAGGUUACUUGCGAUGGUGUGUAUGUCGUUAUUUUCUUCAAAACAAAGCAUAACAAAACAAUUAUUAGAUUCGGUUUUUGUGAUAUCCUAAAUAAUCAAGGUCUCGGUAAGUGUUAUCAGCCGAGCCGUAGGCAGAGGCUGAUAACACUUACAGAUAACGCAAGGAUUUAUCCAAAAAUCCAAAAUUUGCUGUAAAAGAUCUCACAAGCUACUGAUUUCUGGUCAAUGCAGUAGGCCUCUUCAUCUACUCUUGUUCUUGAAAAGUAUAUAUAGAGUGCACAUCAACGUAUGCUUGUAAGCAAGAUAUAUAUUAGAGAAACAGUUUGAGGAAAUCUACCAAAAUUAUAAAUUCUUGAGCGAACAUUGUAAGCAGCCUACUCAGUAAAGCAAGUAGAUUGUAGUUUAGGGUUGUAUUAGGCAUAUACUGAAUUUACAAAUUAAAGUGACCGUUGUUUCCACCUUCUUUUCGUUUUCUAGACGGCUCUUUCACAACACGGCAUCUAUUUGCUCACAAGACUAAAAAAAUCAAAAAUUGCACUCCACCAUCAAUCGAAGAAUUCCCUAAUGAUUUCUUUAAUCAAUAUCAAAGACAGCAUGGUGCUGUCAUUGUGAACUUUGCAGUGGCUUUCUACAUGUUCUGGGCCAUAGCCAUCGUAUGCGAUGAUUACUUCGUACCGUGUCUUGAGAUCAUCUGUGAUAAGAUGGGGCUUCAAUCCGAUGUAGCAGGAGCUACUUUUAUGGCGCUAGGAAGUUCUGCACCUGAACUAUUUGCCUCUGUGAUUGGUAAGUACUUGAAGUACAAGACUGUGUAAAACGGGUUCGCUUGGAAAUCAAAACCAGAGUAGCUUUUCUCGCCAUUCAACGGUUGCAGACAAAAUGGUGAUUCAGUCAAAAACUGAUCUCAGUAGCUAAUCAGAGGGAGGAAUUCCAUACCAAUGCUUCUACAACUGACUCGAUAAAUGAAAAAGCCCAGUGGCUCUUCCGGCCCGAUUCUAUAGUAAACUUCAUUUCUUGAACUGCUCCCUGUCCUUCGUGAAAAUGGCGUCUACUCUGGGCCUCCGCGAUCAGAGAAUAACGAGUAUUACUUGUUAGGAAAAAAAAUAAUACAAGAAUUCACCUACAAAUUUCCUUCGUUUUGACGCAGGUGUCUUCAUCACCAAAGGUGACAUAGGAGUCGGGACUAUUUUGGGGUCAGCAGUAUUCAACGUACUUUUCGUCAUCGGUGUCUGCGGGAUUGGAGCCGGGACGGUACGCUCUUUCUUAUUUUUAUCUAAUAGAGAAUGUAGAGAUCUGCCCGAUAAAAUCUUAACCAAUAGAGGACAAUGUUUUUAAAGCAAUUAAAUACACGAACUUGGAGCUAAGUGGCGUAGAUUAGUACCCUGGCAGUCUGUGACUUACGAUGUCACUGUCUACCCACCAACCAACAUGCUAGUUUUGCUGACCAAAAAAUGUUCGUGAAAGACAUUCCAGUAAAGACACGGCCAACGCAAAUCGAUAGUGUUCACUGAUUUUUAGUCUGAACUUUGUCUUGCCUCUACAUAUUAUCGCUCACAGAAACGCUUGCUCAGCAAAUUAAUGGACCUUAUCUGGUUUAUUGCAUGGUACAGACGCAAGGAAAGUCCCUAUGCUCACUUGCUUAGCUCCCGGCCAGUUCAGUUUAUACUUUUCUCAUCCCUAGAAACCGGGGGGAAGGGUAACUCCGGCCCUAUAAUGGCCUAUACGAGACUGCUCCGCCCGAAAGAGGUACCUUUUUCAGGCUUCAGGUAUAUGGAAGGGUAGGGAUUUUACUUGUUGAAGUAUAUGACUGUCUGUGAAAGGGCCCAAAGGGCCGAACAGAUGAAUUUUAGAUGGCUUCAUAAAGUCGGGAAAACUUUUUAUUUUUGUGAUUGAUUCCUAUUUAAAUGACAAUGCAUUUACAGCAGUUAAAAGGGAUGCAAAGUUCUAAACAAGGUAUGUGAAGGGGCUACCAUUUGUUAAUAGAAGGUAUACGAAAGGAGUAUACCUUUUUCGUGAAAAAUGGUAAUGGGGUGGGACCUCAGGGCGGAGCCUCCCGGUACAAUAAUUUGUUGAGUACCCCCCACCCCGCUCCGGGCUCCAGAAAAACUUACGUCUGUUAAGUAACUUAUUCAUACAUUUAAUAGCGCUCACUUUCGAUCCUUAUAUUUUAAUACCUUCUUCUCAGGUUCUGUACUUGGCUUGGUGGCCUCUUGUCAGAGAUAGUCUGUUUUACCUGUUUAGCCUUGUAAUACUCAUGCUGGUGCUCAUGGAUAACGUGGUUAUUUGGUAAGAAUGUCGCUUUUUUUUUUUAAUUAUUACUCACUUGCCUAAAGUAAGGAAACCCGCAUGCCGGAAUCCGGAAAAUUUUAGCUUAUCAGUGAAAUCCAGUAUACAACUCCAGGAAUCCGGAAUCCCGCAUACAAUUGGAAUCCAGAAUUCCAAGUUCCACUGACAAGGAAUUCAGAAUCCGAUACCUAGAAUCAGGCAUUCACAGCGUGUAGUCCAGAAUCCAAGACUGUACUUCGAUUAGCUUACAUGGGACGAACUCCCAGCAAAAUGGACUAAUAUAAAAUACACUGCGUGGCUAACUAGGGGCGGUAUUGUUUUUGGAUUACCCCUGCACAAAUAACGUGGCCAAUUUUGCUAAAACCUCAGUAGAUCUAACCGAACGAUGUCAAGGAGGCAGGUAAAAGGGACCGUCACCUUAUUGGUCACACUUUCUACCUCCCCACCAAUCCAUCUAUGGCAACCGCCUUAAAAAAAAGUAAGGACAGCGACUCAGACAAGUACGAAAUUUCGCCCCACAAAUACGCCUGCUUAGAGUGUUCUGACAGUUCCAAAACCAUUCCUUGGUCAUAAAUCGAAAUUCUUCCGAUCCCUUACUCCCAGUCAUAUUAUGUUAUUAUGUUGUCGUCUUGACCAUGGCCGACUCUGGGAAUUUCUUUAAAUUUGAAUGAAUGUAUUCUUUAAGAUAAUCCUAUUUGUGCCUAUUAUUUAGGUCAGAAGCCACAGCCAUGGUUUGCUUUUAUUCCAUAUAUCUCCUCAUCAUGUACUUCAAUCCUCGCAUAGAGGCGUGGCUUUACAAAGUAACCAAGACAAAAAGCCCCGAAUACAAAUCCGAGCUUCACGCCUCAAACGGCAAGGGUCAAGCUUAUUCGCAACUUCCUGAAGACGAAGAGCAUGAACAAGAUCAGGGAAAAGAUGAAGAAAAAAACGUUGAAAAAGAGACGCCUGACAAAGAAAAAGAAAGUGAGGUUAAACCGAAAGAAGACAAAGAUGAAUCUAAAGAUGUUAAAGGAUAUUCUGGUAAAUUUUUGUCAGCUUAGAGGUGUCAAGUACCCAAAUUCGCGUUUUCUCUACCCACUACUUCUCAGUGGCGGAUCCAGGGGAGGGGUCCGGGGGCCAAGUCCCCCUUAUUUUUAGACUAAACUGAGACCCAAAGGGAGAGAGAGACCGCCCCCCCUUAUCCCAGGGUUUGGAUGACCGGGGCUCCCCCUUAUCUGAAGAACUGGAUACGCCACUGCUACCUACUGUCCAAACGUUACUAUUUCUUGUGUCUAAUGGGCAACACGUAGGACAAUAGAGCUGAAAGACUGUUGACAAGUACUAAGACAUUUCGCAAUGCAACCUCUCCGUCGCGUCCUGCCCAGCGUAGGUGAAUAAGUGGAUAACCAAAAAUCAAGUUUUUUUGAACGAGGGAGUUGGUUCCUCUUAAGAAACUUUGAUUGGGUGUAUUUAACUUUUUUCAAAAACUAUUUAGGAAGAAAAAGAAGGGAGGUGAGUCAAAAAAGGAGAAAAAAAUAGCGCUGCAGAUAAUUAAAAAUUACAACAAAUGAGAAAUAUGGUGCUAAAAGAUAUUUAUUUUCUCUUCAGAUGGCUGACAGAAAAACAACGAAUUGAGUAAUCCUUCUUUAAUUUUCAGACAGCGGUGAGCAUCUCGCUCACCAUCACGAAUAUGAUCAACACAGGCCGCAUGAGGUCCCGGAUCUGACGCUAGGAACUCCGUGGAGCCCGCCCGAGGGGAUCUGGGCACGAACCUGCUGGUUCCUUGGUCUCCCAAUCAACAUUUCGUUUUAUUUCACCAUCCCGGAUGUAAAGAAAGAAUCUUGUCAGAAGUACGUCUACUUUUCCUUCGUGAUUUGUAUCGUCUGGAUUGGGGUCACUUCGUACAUCCUUGUUUGGAUGGUCACCAUUAUCGGGUACACGUUCAUGAUCCCCGACACCGUUAUGGGUCUUUCUCUGGUGGCGUUCGGAAGCAGCGUGCCAGACUGUUUAUCAAGUCUCUUCGUAGCACAGAAAGGUAAGACCAGCUUUGCUACAAGUUGACUGAAACUGCUGCACGGAAUUACCUUAAGUUUUGAAAUUAUAUUUGCAUACGUCCAACCUGAUAGUUAAUUCCUGCUUUAAAAAAAUGAUCAGGGCAAAUGCACCUUAAAAGUAUAGAAACAGUAUGGAAAGAACGUGAUAUGAAUUGCCCAAUCGUGCGAAGCGCAUAAUUCUGUGCAGGAACAUUAGAUGGAACGGCGCGCGCGCGUCCCCUUUACACAAAAACAAAAUACAGCCUCAGGAAAAAAGUAAUGAAUCAGAAUAGAAGGGAGAAAAAGAAGAGAGUUAGGAAGGAAGGGAAAACUGGAUGCAAACAUCCUUUAUCGUGAUGGUCCUCUUUCCGCAACAAAAGAAAUACACUCUACAGAAUUUAGAACCGGGUGAAUUUAAAUAUAAAUAUUCUAAAUUUCUGUUAUUUACUUUUGGAACUGAGUGAGUGCUAUAAAUGAGAAGAAUGCUAAAGUUUAGUAGAAAGAAGAGAAGAUGGGUGCCGGGAUGAGACGCUAGGUAUACGGGAAGAAAAGAAGAAAGAAGGAAUAGAUUUUUUUUUUUGGGGGGGGGGACUGGGGUGGGAGGCUGAAAAUGAAAAAAACAGCCGACAUUUCGCGACGCCAUCCGCCUGGUUUUCCCUCGAAAUUUCGUCCGAGGAACGAGCGCAGAAUUUUCAUGUUGAUGGUGACAUGUCACUACCCAGAUCCGCUUCUGAUUGGAUGAAGGAAAAUUUCAACCAACGACCAAUCAGAAGUACUACCCAGUUCUGGGUAGUGAUACGUCAUUAAUGUGGAAUUUCUGUGUUUGUUCUUCAGACGCUAUUUCGCGGGAAAACCAGUGGUGGCGUCGCGGAAUGUCGGCUUUUUUCUCAGGUUAAUGAAAAAAGUGCCUGUUUGACUAUCAACCGUUUUCUUUCCAGGUGACGGGGACAUGGCAGUAUCUCACACAGUCGGUAGCAACGUAUUCGAUAUCCUAUUGUGCCUUGGUAUUCCAUGGCUUGUCAAGACAACUGUAUGGGACUAUGACUCGGCUGUGGUGAUUAACAGCCACGGACUUUUCGUGUCUUGUUUCUUUAUCCUAGGCUCCAUAGCCGUCACACUUCUAAUAAUUUACUACUACAAGUGGGUUUUAAAUCCCAAAGUCGGCUGUAUUUACCUUAUAUUUUACUUCAUUUUCUUGGGAAUAUCCAUCUACGUGGAAAUGAAUGCAUUUGGAAAGUAUAACCCUCCUAUGUGUAUUGUAGACGUUUGAACUAUGAACGCCGGAUUUUGCGACUGUUUUAGCUGGAAAAAAAAUAGCCAGAUAACGACAGCUAUUUUCAAAUUUACCUUUUCUGCAACGUUGGGGAUCAUAGCUAUGCGUCCCGGGAUUUUCAAAUCAUUGUGGGGCCAGUGUAACGAAAUGGAGCUCAACAAAGACAAUGAAGGCGAGGAACCUAGCCGAAGGUGUAUAAACAGAAAUAUCUACUGGGAACCUAUAUAGUAUUGGAGCCUACAACAUAUCUGGUGCAACCCGCUCCUUUCAUUAUAUUUUUUUCUGAAAAAAUUGGGAAAGAUACGACAUAUAUGCUGCUCCACUUACCGGCAGGAUUGAAGUGUAAGCUUCAAGAUGAAAAUUAGAGCGCUAGUCUCUUAGGGCCUGUUUUCAAGGAGAGAGUGUUACCCCUGUGCUAGGGUUACCCUAGCAAGCGGGUCAAAGUUAGCUCUGGUUUACAAGCACAUUUCACAGGUAGGGUUACCCUAUCACCCGCUUCAACCUUACCAGCUUUGCUGAUAUGUUUCGUCAUGCGUGACAUUCUUGGCAACGUCCAAGAUUUGAAAUAAAACUUGAAGUUCUCUAUGGAAAACACGUCAAAUUCACGAAAAAACGGGAAAAUAUUAUCAUCGUAUGCAGAAAAUACCUUAUAUUGUUCAGGGCCCAGUUGUUCGAAGGCCGAUUAGGGUUUAACCCGGGUUUAUUUUUCUUGUGUUCAAAAGCAUUUUCUCGGAUAAUUUUCUCUUUUUUUUAGAGCUUCCAAUCAUCAACUUGUAGACAAAAAGAAUUCAAGCUGAAACGCUUUUUAAGCUUUCAACUAUGAAUUCAAAUCUCGCAUUAACCCUGGGUUGUAUUAACCCAGCUUUGAACAACUCGGCCCAGAUGUUUAUAAUUUAGCUCAGAAAUUGGAUAAUUCCGUUCAAUUUGUCAAGAUUACUGUUUACGCAUAUGAGGAGGAAUGUUGUCCCGGGUAGGCGAGUUAUCCCAUGCAGAGCGUCCACAAGCCAGGUAGGGUAACCCUCUUGCUAGGGUAACUCUAGCACUCAGGUAGGGUUACCCUAGCGCUAGGGUAAUCCUACCUACCUUGUAAACACGUCGUGUAAAAAAGAAGAAAUGUGCGAGUGCUAGAGUAACCCUUUUGCUGGGGUAACCCUAGCACUAGGGUUAUCCUCCCUUCUUGUAAACACGGCCUUAGCUAAAAAAUGUUUCUGAAAACAUUAAAGUGUUUUCUUUUUUGUCACUGCAUGGUGUCUCAACAAAAUUAAAGAGAAAUAACCAGUUUCUUAGUAGGACGAGAUACCUCGUCCGAGAUUAUGAAUGUUACAUUGAUCAGAUUACUUUACCCAUUUUCAGAUUUGAAGGGUAUUCAGCAGAAAUCCUUUUGAAACUUAACUCUGAUUUUUUGUCGCACAAUGAAAAUGCGCAAUGAAGGGUUGACACUUUUAUGGUUAAUCCGCCGAACUUUCAAAGUUUACAGGAUGAUAUUAAAAACAAAAGUAUUUUUUCCAAAAGAUUUUCACAAAAAAUAGAUUAAGUACACUAUAAGGAAAUGUUGGUUUCCUUUUGUCCAAAAGAGAUGGAUAUAUUAGAUACAUUGUAUCUUCAAACAUGAAGAAAAAGUCUUCCAAGGAUUCACUCGACACGUCUAUAUCGCAAAAUACAUCUUUGUUUCAGUCUACCUUCAUUUUUCGUGGCAAACUUCAAGAACAAAUCUGUAGAGGCCUCAAAACACAAACAGUUUAAAAUAAAGUGAUAUCCUUUAUUACAUCCACUUUG